GGAGCUUGUGUCUGUCGGACCUUUGAGUGACAGGAGGAGGCGCAGAGGAGCAGAGUGGAGGAAUGGCUGCGGAUCUCUCCCAGGACUCCGUCCUCAGGUUCCUGCAGAGCCACGGGGGCUCGGUCAAGAACUCCGACUUGCUCGUACACUUCCGUUCCUUUCUUCGGGACCAUGUGGACCGGGACCGGCACCGGGAACUCUUCAAGAAGUUCGUCAACAACGUGGCCACCGUGAAGCAGGAGGACGGAGUGUCGUAUGUAGUUGUCAGGAAGAAGUUCGGGAACUUCGUCCCCGCAGGAGGAGGGCCGUCAGGAGUCCUCGCCGAGAACUCUACACAGACUCUGGGAACUAACCGCGAACAUCAAGAACCAAUCAGAGAGCGGAGCAGACCCGCCCCGCGGCGGGAACCAGUGGGAGAAAAGGUUCCACAGGUUCUCCUACAAGCGGAACCAGCAGGAGAAAAGGUCCGACAGGUUCUUCCUGCGGCGGGAAUCAUCGCCAACAACACGGUAACCAGCGUUAACGAAAUUCAUGGCAGAAAAGCAACAGGUCCGGUGUUGAGCCAUGCUCAGAUCGUCGAGAAACCAGAACCAAAGAGACCUGCUCCUAACAAGCUGCCCAUGCAGGAUCUACGCACUCAAGUCGUCCAUCAGCAACCAGCGUUGAGCCCACCUCCUGGAGUUAGUGCAGCCUCACAUCAUGGAGAAACCAGCCAGCAGCAAGUCAGCCACACCCACAGAGUGAGAGAGGCUGGGCUGCAGCCUGAGGGACGCAGAGCAGAACCCCCACUUCUUCAUCACUCAGGUGUUCAUCCUCAGGUUGUCUCACACCGUGUCCGCCACAGGCAGAGCUACAAAACUGCUGUCAGUUGUGAUGACGAAGAAGAAGAAAUGGAUGAGGAGGAGGUGCCACGGAGGCCAUCUUCGGCAGGAGGGGUGUGGCCUCUGAGUACUCCUCUUGGACAGACUGGAAGUUCCAUCUCUGUCUCGACGCCAUCCAUCUCAGAGCCACCUGUCAUGUCAUCUAUAUCUUCUAACCUGUCAGAAAGGCCGCUCCCAAAGAUUUACAUUCAAGGUGUUGAUGAGGAAAUUCUGCCUGCUCAUGGUGCAGUGCAGCACUGGAACACUGAGGUGGAGCUAGCAGGCCAUGGAGCAGAACACACAUCCGUCUUAAUCCCAAGAGACACAAGGUUAAUUCAAUGGAGUCUCCCUACAGAGGAGGAGUGCUCCAUGCCAACUCCAGUCCAAGCUGAGGAGGCAGAACCACAACACCACAGCCACAACAUCCAGCUGGACCCUGAGAACCUCCAACUUCAUCCUUUUGACAUCCAGAUGCAGGGGUCCAACCAAAACCAGAGGGAGUGGCUGUCACCCAGUCAUAGCAUUGUCUCACUCUCAUCCAAUGCCAGCUGCUCCAGCAAUGAUCGGGUGCCAUCUGGAUCCCCUAGAGGAUCGGCGUGGAACAGCAGCAGUGAGGACCUGCAUACAACGGAAGGUGACCUUGGGGGUGGGGUCGAUGUCCACAGAAUACGCCAGCGAGCACAAGCCUCCAAAGUUGAGUCUGUGACGCUUCGUGGUGGUCAGAAAAUGACACCCCCAUGGCAUCACUCCACCGGUCACCUCCAUGAUGACCAGGACAUCUCCUCACCUGGGUUGCUGUGGCACCGAUCUACAGGUGAUCUUUAUGACGACUCUGAGGAAGCCGAGAUGAGCGAAGACUCCACAUCAUCUCCGCCAUGCUCAGCGGUCCCCCGACGACUCAAGAGUAAGUUGAGGAGCAGGAUGUGCCGCAGUCUGGGGGCUGACCUGGAUCAGCUCCUCCCUGGCAACAUAAGAGGAAGAGGAUGUGAGGCGGCACGACUGGACCGCAUCCACCGGAUUUCCUCCUCGCUGAGCCUUUGCAACAACCUGUCAUCCUCCUCGCUGUCGUCUUGCUCCACGCCGCCACACUGCCACAGUUUUGCUGACAUGGUAGCAGUGGAGGAACAGAGAGGAGGCAGAAGGAGCCACUCAGUUUCCUCCAGUGCUCGGCAUGAUGGUUCAGACGUGACCCGACAGUCCACAGUUCCCCUGGAACCCAGGGAACAUGUGUGGCUGGUGAAGUCGGCAGCGGGCGCCUGGACCGACAUCUACUCCCUGUUCAGGGAGGACUCGUCUUUACUUAACAAACGGGACUUCAUCUCAGGUUUCACUGUCCUGCACUGGAUCGCCAAACACGGUGACCACAGAGUCCUCAACACCUUGUGGUACGGAGUCGAUAAAGCCGGUUUAGCAUUUGACGUGAACGCCAGGUCAACGUGUGGCCACACACCGCUCCAUAUUGCUGCCAUCCACGGCCACAAGAACAUCAUCCGGCUGCUGGUCCAUAAAUUUAACGCUGAUAUCCAUUUGAGGGACACGUCUGGGAAGAAACCGUGGCAGUACCUGAGCAGCUCCACAUCCACAGAGGUCUUCCAGCUGCUGGAGGCUCCGCCACCGACCAACAGGGGAGGACACAAGCGAGGAGACCUCAGCUCAGAACAGCAGCGUCGUCACCAUCUCAUACGUCAUCAUUUGUCCUCUGCUUCCUCAGGACAGAGGCUGCUGACCAUUGGAGGCACUACCAGGGUCAAAAGGUCAUCGUCUCUGGCUGCGUUCCUUAAACAUAAAUCUCUACACCGUUUUCACGCUAAUCACCCUGACACGUCUGUUUGAAAAUUUCAAAGACUUGAACCUCCAACAGAGUAAAUGUGAUCGGAGAGGAGCCACCCGAUUGGCAGGGAAUGUGCCAAACUGAAACAGGAAUGAUGGGAUGGGAUGUGCUAUCCCUCAGUCACAGUGACUCGAUUCUCAGGUUUUUAGCUGUGUUAGCAGCCUGGUUCUCUUGAUUAGAUCAGACAAAUUGCUGUUAAAUAAUCUUUGCAUAAUGUUUUUAAAUGUACCACAAGAUACCUCAGUAAUUAUGAACCUGUUCUUAUCAGCAUGUUAGCAUGCUAAUUUUACUGUUGACAUACAACAAUACCAUGAGCACAGCCCACAACUAACAUUAUUACUUCAUUACUACUGGAUUGUAUUUGAAAUGUUAGCACUAAACUUUGUGUUUUAUCACAGACACAUUAACACUAACACCACAAUAUUUAGCAUUACUGCUUCAAUAUUAGCUGACAUUAUUACUUCAUUACUACUGGAUUGUUUUUGAAAUGUUAGCACUGAACGUUAUGUUGGCGUAAUUUUACCACUGGCACAUUGACAUUACCCCCCCCCCCCCCCCCCCCCACGUAUUUAGCAUUACUGCUGUGAUACUCGCUAACAUUAUUGCUUCUUUAUUAUUGGGGGAAAGGUUGCUAUAUAUUUACAUGUUAGCACUAAACUUAGCAUAUUUGCCUGAUAAUGUGUUGCAGUGCCUCAAAAACUAAUCAUGUUGUCAUCUACGCACUGUUAAGAUAUGUAUCAAAUUAAGAUUGGUUGGUAUGACAGCAUGUGAAACAUCAACAUAUCUUUAUAAAUAUUUCAUAACUAGCUAAAGUGUUCAUGUUAGCAUUCUGAAGCUAAUGAUGCUUUUGCUGAUGUUUAUAUCAGUAUAUUGGUAUGUUUGUGUGUCAGUAUUGGAGUUCAAAUACUUUUAAAUAGUUAUUUAAAACAUGCAUUUUAGAAUAUCCAUCUCUUCAGAUUGUGAAAUAUUUUGGCUGAAGAAUAUUACAUUUUCAUAAACAUGCUAAUUUUGUUAACGUUAGUGCUAGCUUGAUAUCAAGAAGGUAUUAGCGAU